GACGCGCCAGUCUCGGUGCAUGAUGAGGCAGUUGAGGCGGAGCAGUCCACCACCGCGUUCUUCACGGUGGCUGAGUUGGUGGAGGUAGAGGAGAAGCCGCUUGCAGUGAAGCUCCAGGAGAUGACGGAUGCCCUGGCCGCCUUGACCGGGGGCGGCAAGGUGAAGAAGACGCUGAGCUUCAACCCGGAGCUCGAGGUCCAGACGUUCGAGGGCAAGCUGUUGUGCAGGGCAACCUGA